CUGCCUAUCUCCCAGAAAUCCAGCUCUGUUUCACUAUGGAGGCCACAACCUGUAAUGGAUCAGUGGAUGGCUCACCGAUCUUCUACCUGGUUGGCAUCCCCUCUCUGCCAGAGUCCCUCUUUCUCCCUGUGUUUUUUAUUUUCCUCCUCUUCUAUAUUCUCAUCAUUUUGGGUAAUGCCCUGAUCCUGGUGGCUGUGGUGGCAGAGCCCAGCCUCCACAAGCCCAUGUACUUUUUUCUAACCAAUCUCUCUGCUCUAGACAUCCUCUUUACUACAACCACUGUCCCGAAGAUGCUGUCCCUGUUCCUCCUUGGGGACCGCUUCCUCAGCUUCCCUGCCUGCUUAUUGCAGAUGUACCUCUUCCAAAGCUUCACAUGCUCGGAAGCCUUCAUCCUGGUGGUCAUGGCCUAUGACCGCUAUGUGGCGAUCUGCCGUCCACUGCACUACCCUGUCCACAUGACCCCACAGAACAAUGCUAUACUGGCAGCCAGUGCCUGGCUCACUGCCCUCCUCCUGCCCAUCCCAGCAGCAGUGAAAAUCUCCCAGAUGGUGUAUAACAACAUUGCUCUAAUCUACCACUGCUUCUGUGAUCAUCUGGCUCUUGUUCAGGCCUCCUGUUCUGACACCACACCUCAGACCCUCAUGGGCUUCUGCAUCGCCAUGGUGGUGUCCUUCCUGCCCCUUCUCCUGGUGCUUCUCUCCUAUGCCCACAUUCUGGCCUCAGUGCUUCGCAUCAGAUCCCAAGAAGGACGCUCAAAAGCCUUCUCCACCUGCAGUUCCCACCUCCUGGUGGUUGGUACCUACUACUCAUCCAUUGCCAUAGCCUAUGUGGCCUAUAGGGCUGACCUGCCCCCUGACUUCCACAUCAUGGGCAAUGUGGCAUAUGCUAUUCUCACACCAAUCCUCAACCCUCUCAUUUACACUCUGAGAAAUAAGGAUGUCAAAGCGGCCAUUACUAAAAUUGCAUGUUCCAAGACCCUAUCAGAGAUAAGAGCCAUUGGCCUCUAGAUGCAGCUAAUUAUGCUCUCAGGAC